CUCUAUAGAUAGGAUCAGUACCGCUGUCUAUCUGAUCUUGUUUCCUCUCCUGAACAACCGAGACCGUUAUUUCUCUUGUAUUCAUUCUGGCCGAUAAGUAAUCACAUAUACAUAUACAUCUUCAUCUUCAUCUUCAUAUAUAGAACAGAAAAAAGAUGUGCGAGCAGCAACAGCGACCGCAGUCGGAGUUUAAUCGGAGGAAUAAGCGGCUUGAUAACAAGGGGAGGAUGAAAUCAGAGGAUUCCAAAAAGCUGGAGAUUGUGGAUUUGAGUGGGAUGUCCUUAAACUCACUUCCUAGUCCCUUUCUGAUCAAUUUGGCCUCCAUCUCCAAAUUAGACCUCUCCAACAACAAUCUCCAGACGAUCCCGGAAUCGUUGACUGCGCGGCUGCUAAACGUGAUGGUGUUAGACGUGCACUCCAAUCAGCUAAAGUGCCUCCCAAACUCCAUAGGGUGUCUCUCCAAACUCAAGAUCUUGAACGUCUCCGGCAAUCUCCUCCAACAACUUCCUCCAACCAUAGAGAACUGCAGAUCCCUUCAAGAGCUGAACGCCAACUUCAACAAGCUCCGGCAGCUCCCGGACACGAUGGGGUUCGAGCUUCUAAACCUAAGAAAGCUAUCAGUGAACUCAAACAACCUGGCCUUCCUCCCCCACUCGACCUCCCACCUCACCAAUCUCCGUGUCCUCGACGCCCGCCUCAACUGCCUCCGGUCCCUCCCCGAGGAUCUCGAGAACCUCAUAAACCUCCAGAUCCUGAACGUGAGCCAGAACUUCCAGUACCUGGAGACGCUCCCGUACUCGGUGGGGCUACUGAUGUCGCUGGUGGAGCUGGACGUGAGCUACAACAAGAUCGCGGCCCUCCCGGACUCCAUCGGGUGCCUGAAGAAGCUGCAGAAGCUGAGCGUGGAGGGGAACCCGCUGGUGUCGCCGCCGCCGCAUGUGAUGGAGCAGGGGCUGCUGAUGCUGAAGCAGUACAUGUGCGACAACAUCAACGGGAGGACGUCGCACCGCAAGAAGUCGUGGCUGGGGAAGCUGGCCAAGUGCGGCUCGUUUAGCGUGAAUAGGAGUAACAGGGAAGACGGAUACAUCAUGCCGCCGAGUCCGAUGCCGAGUUAUAAGGCCAUUGAUGGUGUGGCGUCGCCAAGAUAUUUUAAUAUGGGGAUGUUCUCGCCCAAGCGCCUAUUCUCUCCCAAGUCCAACUUCUCCAAAUGAUUUCUUUUUUUGCUCUUUUUUUUUUUUUGUUUUUUUAGUGUGUCCUCAUCAAUUUUGUACUAUAUUGUUGUCAUGUUUUUGUGAUAUAGAUGUCUGUAAUUAAUUGUUUCAUGAACAAGUGAUACAUCGCCUGCGAGUAUUGUCUCGGAGAUCUGAGAAAAUAGAACCAAACCAACAGUUUGGAGAUCGAAACUGCUUGGUGGAGUAGUUUUUUGUUGGUCAA